GCGCGAUGGGUGUUGACUAUGGGAUAGCAAAUGCACCAAGACAAUGAGCUCCGCGAGAGUCGGGCGGUGAACCUGCACUUUCAAUCCAAGAGACAAGGCUUACGACACUCGGAGCUCAGCAGGCACCUUCAUAACCACAGUUCUUUCUCAGGUGAUCUGCUGCGGCCUUGCCGCCAUGGCCAGUGUCGCCGUUGCGGGAGGCUACGGUGGCUAUGGUGGCGGCUUCGGUGGUGGCUACGGAGGCGGCUUCGGCGGGGGAUAUGGACAUGGCUACAGCAAGGUGGUUCCUGGCCCAGCAUUCCUCGUGAAGACUGUGCACCACGUGAACAAAGUGAGCCACGGAGGCGUCCACAGCAGUCACCUCGUUGGCGUCGGUGGAGGUGGUUUCGGAGGAUACGGAGGUGGAUUCGGAGGCGGCCUCGGUGGCGGAUUUGGCGGCGGAUUUGGAGGUGGCUACGGCGGUGGCUAUGGAGGUGGUCUUCUACUGAAGGGAGGAUACGGCGGCGGAUUCGGAGGCUUCGGAGGGGGCUACGGAGGCUACGGAGGCUUUGGAGGAGGCUACGGACACAAGGGCCGCUGAUAGAAAGCUCAACUUCUGGCAAAACAAAAACGCGUACGUUGGGAUGUGUAAUCGUGAAUGUGCUUAUUGAUAUAUAACGACGCUUAUUUUCGAGAGCGCCGUUCAUAUACGGCUUUGUAUAUUUUGUACAGUGCUUCGAAUCGAGA